CCCCAAUCUCUCUCUUUCUCUCAGGUAUACCUAACAAACCUUCUUUUAAGGCUCUCAUCGUCAUCGUCCUUGUGCAUGGUUUUAUAUACAAGCCACUCUCUUCUCUCUUGUUCCAAAUAUAAAAGAAAAAAUAUUAAAAAUCAUCGUCAAUAGCUUAGAUAAAGGUGACAGACAUUCAUCAAUAUCAAGAUGGGUCGUGUUAAAUUAGAGAUAAAGAAAAUAGAAAACAACACAAAUCGACAAGUUACAUUUUCAAAACGCAGGAAUGGACUCAUUAAGAAGGCUUAUGAACUUUCCAUUCUUUGUGAUAUUGAUAUUGCUCUUAUUAUGUUCUCUCCCUCCGGCCGUCUUAGCCAUUUCUCGGGGAAAAAAAGGAUUGAGGAUGUGUUUGCGCGUUAUGUUAAUCUCCCAGAUCAAGAAAGAGAACAUGCUAUAUACCCUGAACAUAGCAGACAUCCUGAUUUUCAAAGCAAAGAGUAUUUGCUAAGGACUCUGCAACAACUUAAGAGCGAAAACGACAUUGCUCUUCAACUUGCCAAUCCAACAGCUAUCAACUCUGAUGUUGAGGAACUCCAACACGAAGUUGCCAGUUUACAACAACAACUUCAGAUUGCAGAGGAACAGAUAAGGAUAUAUGAGCCCGACCCACUAAAAAUCUCUUCCAUGGGAGAGCUAGAAUCAUGUGAGAAAAAUCUUGUUGACACUUUGACAAGUGUUAUGCAGAGAAAGGAGUAUUUAUUGAGCAACCAAAUUGCUUAUGAUCCCUCUAGUAUGCAGCAAGGGAUGGCAACCUCAUUCGAGGAUGAAGUUAUAGGUUGGAUGCCUGAUGGUGGUCAAAGCCAUACCCAUAUUUUCGAUACUUCUGCCUCUUUGAAUAAUCUUAGAGAUCUAUCAUCAACAAUGUAUGAUCCAUUGUUGCAAGGAAGUAGCUCAAAUCGAGAGGCACAAAGCAUGGCAGAGUGCCAUGUCACAAACCCUAAUGACCAUAAUAACUUCUCUACAUGGCCUCAGCCUUACUCAUCAACCACUGCUCUCCAUUCCAAUCCCAUGCCUGCACCUUCCUUAUACCCUCAACUUCAGCCUGGAAUGAUGGGCCCAAACAUUCCAGAAAUGAUGCCACGUGAGCAGAUGGAUAUCCCAAUCAGUGGACCUCACUUGCAGUUGGAGAAUGAAGCUGCAAAUUUUGACAACAAAAUCCCUCAACUUAAUGGGCAAUAAAAAAAAAAGCAAUAAAUUAAUGUUGAUAUUCACCGGCGAGCCAGCUGACUCAUGUAAAAAAUUUCUUUUUCUUUUUGAAUUAUUGAAUGUUGCAUGUUAUUCAUAGAUAUAAACAUACCAAAUAUCAUCCCGUA